AUGGGAGAAUCUUUUAAAUAUCUAGGAAGAUUCUUUGAUUUUGAUAUGUCCGACCAAGGACACAAAUCUGAACUAAUGUCCCUCAUUGAUGAACUAAUGUCUGAUAUCGACCAUAAACCUCUACACCCAAAAAACAAACUUAUUCUAUGCAACCGCUACGUUCUAUCCAAAAUAUCCUGGCAUCUCACUGUUGCAACCCUGUCGAAAACCUGGGUAACGGAAACAAUCGAUUCUGUGAUUAAUCAAUACAUCAGAAAGUGGCUUGAAAUACCCAUUUCUGGAACAUUAAGUAAUAUUUAUCUAACCCAUAACAAAUUCGGUCUGAAUAUCCUCCCUGCAUCCGUCAAAUUUAUCCAAUGUCAAACUGUGCUACGCAACGCCUUAAAAACAUCCCCAAAUGAUUCCAUAAAAGAACUCUGGAAAUCAACUAACAAUCACACUAAUAUUCAGUACGACAUAUAUAAUUCAACAAAGGAAGUUCUCAAGGAUUUUCAUUCUGGACAAGAAGAUAAGCUUCAACACCGUCUAAUUUGUCAAGGUUCAUUUUUCUCGAAUGUUGCAAAGUUUUCCUUUUCACAGUUAAACACACUUUGGUCUGCCGCUCAAUCAAAACUGCCAAAGAACAUUUUCAACUUCACCAUCCGUUACAUAAAUAAUUCUCUUCCUACGCGAAAAAACCUUACAAGAUGGGGUUUAGCUUCAAGUCCCGAAUGUUCCUUUUGUUUGUGUCCUGAAACCCUACUACACGUGGUAGCCGGCUGCCAAUCGUACCUUCAGCGCUUUACUUGGAGACAUGAUUCUAUUUUAAACUUUCUCGCUGAAACGUUUCAAACAACAAAUCCAUGUCAACUUUAUGCUGACCUAUCCGGACACAAAAGCCCGUCAAUUAUAACUGGUGACCUAUAUCGACCGGACUUACUCCUAAUUACCCCAAAUGAAGAUCUUUAUGUCCUUGAACUUACUGUCGGGUUUGAAUCUAAUCUACAUAAUAAUGUUAAACGCAAAAAAGCAAAAUACAAAGAUCUAAUUGAAGAUCAAAGGGGUCACUUUAAUUCUGUUAAAUUUGUAAACCUAUCAAUGAGCUCUCUCGGUGUGUUUGACAAAGAAUGCUUCACCUUUUUAGAAAUGUUAGACACUAUAGGAAUGGAUAAAAGGCAGCAACAUUACUGCAUAAAAAAGAUGACGUCUUAUGCCAUUAGAGCGACGUACUAUAUUUUUUGCUGUCGAAACAAAGAGUGGACAAACCCUGAAUUGUUAAACAUUUAA